AUGAGCUGCAGGUCCCCACCCACACUCCAGGAGCUGGCGGAGAACAGCCUUCUGAGGAACCAGGCCUUGGCCGUCUCUGCUGUGGACGAUUUACCCGCUAUUUUCUUCCCGUCGCUGUUCAAAAAGGCCUGCAGAAAAAGCUGCUGUGACGUCAUGGUGGCGAUGGUGCAGGCCUGGCCCUUCCCCUGCCUCCCACUGGGAGCCAUGAUCAGGAGGAAGACUGCCUACAGGAGAAUCUUGGAGAUUAUCCUGUUGGGGCUUGAUGGUCUGCUUUUCCAGAAGGCUCCUCAUAGGAGGUGCAGACUCAGAGUGCUGUGUUUACGUGCUAUGCCUUUGAGCAUGUGGGACAGGUGGCCUGUGUUCAUGGCUCAUGACCCGAGUCAAGCAAUGGUGGCUCAUUCAGGAACGGAGGUGAAGCCCCUGGUGAAGGUAGUGAUAGACCUGGUCCUCAAGGAAGGUCCUCUAUCAUCCACGGAGUCCUUCCUCAUCCAGUGGGUGGGUCAGAGGGAGGGUCUGAUGCUCCUGUGCUGUAACAAACUUCAGAUCUGGUCCAUGGCCAUUAACUACCACAGAGAAGUCUUGGAGAGGUUGGAUCUGGACUCUAUCCAGGAAUUGAGUUUGCUCUACAUGAAUAAUCCUAUCUGCCUACUUAACUUCUCCCCUUACCUGGGCCGUAUGAUGUACCUGCGUAGUCUCCUCCUCUCCCGCUUCUGGUCUGGCGUCUUUCUCACCCCAGUGGAGAAGGAUCAGAUCAUCACCCAAUUCACCUCACAGUUUGUCAAGCUGAAGCAGCUUAAGUGCCUGCACCUGGAUAAUGUCUUCUUCCUAGAGGAUCACCUGGACCAGCUGUUCUGGUGGCUGAAGGCACCCUUAGAGACCCUGUCGGUGACUCACUGUUUUCUCUCAAAAUCGGACUGGACCCAUAUGUCUGAGUUCCUGUGCACAAGCCAGCUAAAACACCUGAUUUUGAAAUGCAUCAAACUGACUCAUUUCAGCCCAGAGCCCCUGCGAGUUCUGUUACUAAAAACUGCUCCUACUUUGAUGACACUAGACUUGGAGGGAUGUCAACUGAUGGACUCGCAACUCAGUACCAUCCUGCCCGCCCUGAGGUGCUGUACCCGGCUCAUCCUGUUUAACUUCAGUGGGAACUAUGCCUCCAAGCGUUUCUUGAGGGAUUUGAUACGCCACCAGAUCAAGCUGAGACACCUAGGGUCACAGUUAACCCUUGUCCCAAGCUGUGACGAUUAUUGA